UUCUUAAAGAUAUAGUUUUUUAACAUGCAUAUUUUAUUUCAGCUCAAAAUUGUCUGCAUUAUUUGGUGGUACAACAAGAACAAGCAAGUCCUCCAGUUUGAAGUAUGUACCACCAAAGCAACCAAGGUCUGACUCUAUAGGUGAAAAGGGUAACUCUUCAGUAGCAGGAGAACAAACUCAACGACAACCACAGGCCCCAGUGGUGCUCUUGGCUACAGCUGUUCAUGCCUAUUUAUAUGUAAACGACGUAGCCCAGACACAAGGUCGUGCCAUGUGUUGUCUUUUGGGAAGUAUUGCAGAAAAGAGUUUCCAGCUGCUUGUGUAUAGGUCAAAGCAAGACCAUCUUACUCGAGCAAGGAUACACCAUCAUUUUAACUUUAAGGUCCAACCAAAUAAUUAUGCUAGCUUCAGUGAUGACCAGCAGCAGACUUGGUCCCUUAUGAUAGACACAGGGCAGUAUGCUGACUUUGUUACACAGGUUGGUGUGUGCCGAGCCCUGUCUGGGCUGACUGGAAAUAGUGGCCAGUACAUAACACAAGACAUUGUUUCUGGUGAAGGUCCAGCAUUGAAGGAAGGUGAUCAUGUGCAAAUAUCUUACUCUUUGUGGACUAUAGCUAAUGGAAAAAAGGGUGAACAGGCUGAGGAAUCCAAGUCUGGUCAUCGAAUUAAGCUGAAAGAAGGCUUAAGUAAUUGGGAACUGCAAUUGCUCGGGGCACAGAAGAACAGUCGACGUCUUGUCUUUAUGCCAAGUUUGAAAGAUAAUACAACAAUAAUUUUUUACGAUGUCAUAGUUGAACGUGUCAAGCAGAAGGGUGGUGGUGACCAAUCAGGUAGAAGUACUCCACAAGUAGAUCUCCAACAUCAUCAUCAAGAUAUUUCAAGUUCAAAUAGAAGCUUGAACAUUCUACCAGAAGAUACUGAAAACAGAAUUGAUAAUGAAAAUGCUCCACAUUCUAAAGCAGCCAUAGUAUCACGGAUGGCACGUAUGGGACAUGCUCUGCUCCCAUCAGGGUUGGUAAAUUCCAGGCAUCCUCCAACUGAUUCUGAAAGUGAAGUGGAAGAAGUAACCAGGAGACGAAAGCAGAAGUACAGCAGCGGAUCCAUUUCUGGGUCUGUGGAAGAGCUUGAAGCAACUCCUGCCAUCCGAUCUAGAGCUCCUUCUGUUCCUAGUGAUAGCUUGAAAACCAGACCCAGCACGCGACCACCUCACAUGUCACACCAGCCACAGCAAUUAGUUGUUUAUCAGUCUCCAUGGCAACAGCCAGCUCUGUUGCCUCCAGGAUAUACUGCCGUCCAACCUGGUACCCAGUCAAUUGUGAACUCAACUCAGCCCCCAUCUGCACCAGAUCCAACCAUGUCGCUCUUGUUUUCAGAAAUGAGAGCACAAAAUACAGAGCUCAAAAUAUCUGUUUCAAAAAUGUCUGACAAGAUAGAUGGCUUAACUAGUAAGAUGGAGAAAAUGGAACUGCAGCAGAGGCAACAGGAAGGUGCAAAUGCUCACUCAGCCUUAGUACCUGCUGGUGUAAGAAACUUCCAGUUUAAUCUCCCUCCCCACAGCAGUGCUGUUGAUGCACAGACAAUCCUAGCACAAAUAACCACAUUAGUCAGUGAUAAUGAGAGUAUGAAGGUGACACUAGAGGAGAAAGAAAAGAAAAUAAAUUCUUUGAAUGAAUCAGUGACUCAGUUACUUCAAAAGAAUCAAAAGCUUUUGGAGGACAAGACAGAUCUUUUGAUAGCUAAACAAGGUGCUGAGCAAACUGUCAGCCUUUCAGAAGUACUUCAGUUACGCGAAGAAAAAGCUGCUAUCAGUGGACAACUAGAAGUUAGUCAAGGCCAGCUAACGGUUGCAAAGAAAUAUGUAAGGCCACAUGCCCCAAAACCUUUAAAGUGUCAAAAUUGUAGUAAAUAUGGUCAUGUAAAGAAAUAUUGUCAAAAUGAACCUGUGUGCUCAUAUUGUGGAUCUGAAGAACAUGCCACACAAUGGAAAGCAGUGAAACAAAGUGUAUAA